GGAAGGAAGGAAGGAAGGAAGGAAGGAAGAGAAAAGUUGAAUCUUGGCAUUAGAGUUUUUACAAUACCACUUCACAGAAAGUUUGGUGAUUCCCAAGCAUAUUCUGGUUUAUUUGUCUAUGAGUCAAAUGAGACAGACAUGCUGGAAAGGUAUCAUAUAUCUACCACUUUAACCCAUUUCCUGAGUAAGCAAUGAGCAAGAGGAAGAAAAAGAAAAGGCUCUAAAAUGAGCUGAGUGUAAACAGCUUCACCACUAACAUGGGACACAGUAGAUACACUUUAAUCCAUACUGGCAUGCAUCUCAAGAGCAUAUUCCAAGGGGAAUGAGCCUCCCCUUUAUUCAAGUUCCCUACUCUGACAAUUGAAAGAGACUAUUGUGAUUCUCCAUAUGAAGAAUUAGACACUGUUCUAUCAAGCUGUCACAAGAGGCUCACAGUAUAACCCCUUUAUAUUUCUAUGAAAAGCCACACUUUCCGUAGAUAAUCACUAUCUCAGAAUGGGCUCCUGAGUCAUAGGUGGUUAAAGACAGGACUCCAGACCAUGUAGCCUAUGAUGAAUUAGUUUUGGGAUCUCAACAAUCCAAUGUGAUCACUCUGUCUUACUCCAGAGCUCCAGCUCCAAAACAUUCACACUGGACAAACACAGUAGUACCCUAAUUGUUUUUCUGAGCUCCAAAAUGCCACUCAUGGUUUCAUGCUUUUGGAUCUCAAUUAGAAGUUUAUAUGUGAUUGAGUCAUCACUUCCAUAGAAGCUCAAAAUAAGCCUGAAGUUAUGCCAAACCUUGCGUGUCCCCGGUCCCAUUAGUUCCAAAGUGAUUGCUCCCUCACCUUCUCUUUGUUUCAUACCUCAGAAUGGGUUUUUACUAAUUCAUCAAUUCUUCCUCCAUCUUUUCUUCCUCUGCCUUAAAUUUCCUUCCAUAACUUCAUCCAGUUUGUCUUCAACAUUCCAGCUUAAACUUGAUGACCCAGAAAAAUAUUAAAAGCCGGAAUCACACUAGCACAACUCACCUACACUUUUCCUUCCAGUAUUUACUUUUCCUUCUAGAAAUACCCCUGUGAUAGUCUUAGUUUGAAAUUUGCCUGCCUGUGUAGGCAGCACAUACUUUAAGCAACACCAUCUCCAAAAUCCAGCCCACAGUCCACUUCACAAGCCAUGAAUCUUAGGGAGCUCUCUAUGGAUAAAGAAUGGGAACCAUUUACUAAUGUGCAUUAGUAAAUGCCCAAACUUACUAAUGGCAUAAAUGUAUUGUCUGGUGACCAAACAGUCUGUACAGAGGCUGCAUGUGUCUAGAUGAUGCACCUAUAUUUCAAACUUGUGCAAACAUGGUGAUGUUUUAACUAUAGUUUGCUGUGUUUCACUGCUUGAUAACUCUUUGGGACCAGGCACCAUUAAUGGUUUUAUUGUGCUAGUAUCCCCAGGCAACAUACUUCUGGCACAUAAGUGCAUGCUCAAUAAUAUUUGUUUAUUCAAUAAAUAAGGAAAGCAUCCUCAGACAUAGAGUAACAGACAAUUACUUUCUUUGGCAUGUUUAUUCUGGGUUUGCUGGUUUGAUAACAAAACAUGUUUCAGUUUCUGAGAUGCAGGCUGCUCCUGUGAGUCACUAACCAAAGGCAAAGUGUUUCAGUCUACUAAUUGCCCAAGUUUCUAAUGAAGCCCCAGGGAUAGGGCCUCACAUUAGUUCUCAGGUGCCCCCAGUGCCCAGGAAUGACUCUCAAGGGAAGUCUUCAGAAUACUGGAUUUAUAGUCCUGUUUCUCUUUCUAGGUAAACCCCAGACAGCACAUGUAAGUUUAGGGUUUCCAGAGGUGUCUGCUCUGCUGAGAGACCUUCUGAGGCCACAGGAUCAAACCUUUAGCAUGGAAUCUGUCACUUCAUUAUGAAAGUCCUGCUGACACUCUGGAAAUGCUUACCUGCUUGCCUUGGGAGGUUUUAAAUUUUUUCCACUCUGGCUUUGUGGAGCAUCCCAUUCAGGGCCUUUCUGUUUGCAAUCUCAGGCACACCAUCUCCUAAGAAAAUAUCCAUGAUUUCCUUUUCUGAGUUCUCAAUAAGUAAGUGCUUGUUGGAAUGCAAAAUAAAAUAAAAAAGCAUAAGAGAAAUGGUUUUUAAAUUUUCUGGCUUUCCUCAAUUUCCUGCUCUCUCUUUCUGAUGAUUUUAAUGAUACAGAAGUUUCAGACUUUCUUGAUAACUUUCACAAAGUCUGGUUGAGACCUAAAGUGAAAUAUAAUAUUCUCUCAGGCUUUGUCUUAAAUAAUGGAAGAAUCUUCUGAAAGUCAAGACAAGACAGCAAAUAGGACUGCCUUUGUAAUCCCAGUGUUGUCAUCCGCAACUAAGGGCUUUGUGUCUUUUGAGGCAGCAAUGCUGAGAGUUACAGCCAGUGACUCCUUCUCUUCUAGACCAAACAUCUUGCUUGAAUAUUCAUCCUGAAGGAUUUUUUUCAAUGCAAAUGAAAAUGUGUAGUCAGAUAUGCCAGGACCUCACACUUCUGGCAAGAAGUUUAUCUCACUGAGUCUCAACUUCUCUAUCAACAAAAUAAAAUGAUUUGUGUAUUUGGGGAGUAAUUUUAAAGACUUAAAUCACAUAGCCUGUCUACACUGGAUAGCACCAAUUGUUACUUAGUGUAGUUUGUUCCUCACUAUUUCAGUCUUAUCUAGUUCAUGGGCCAAAAUUGUAAUUCUAACAAUUUUUGUCACCCAAGAGCUACUUUGAUUCUAUUUUUUAUGAUCAUUACUGGAUCACUAGACUUGUUCUAUGUCUUUUCAUAAACAUUAUGUGGCCAUUCAAUCAUUACUCCAGGAAAAUAAAUAUACUUGGCUCACUCCGUAUGUAUGUGGGUGUUAAGUGAGUAUAUAAUAUAUUGACUCAAGGAUUCUACACACACUUGGAACAGAGAACAGAAAGGGAACACCAGACUUUCCUGAAAUUUUCCUUCCCACCAGGUAUUAAUACCUGCUUUACAAGUGUGAAACACCAGGUCCUUGACUGUGACUCUUCACAGAAACCAUCCAAACCAACCCCUAACAAAAUAAACACACCCCUAUGUCUAAUAGCGUUCUCUAAAGUGAAUGCAUUCUCUCCCUGGCAUCAGCACUCCAUCUGGCCCUCAGGUGAAACAGAAUUUUUUUCUUCCAGGAUUGAGAUUUCUUAGUGACAAAGGGCUUGGAGCUACAGGUCAGGAUAUUUAGGCUUCAGAGUUACCCUUCCAAAUUGGGCAACUUUUUUGUUCUUUUACAAAUUAUUUCUUCACAUUAUCUACCAGGUGGCUGCUUCUGAAGAAGAAAAGAAGAUCUUGUAGACAAAAGUCCAUUCACUUUUCUCCAAUCAUUUUUAGAAAUGGAGCCGCUUAUCUAAAUGUGGACUGGGAAGUGAAAACCAACUCAAGAGCCAUUUGUGUGUCCCUUCUGAAUUUUAAGUGAUCUGAGCUCCUCAAUGAAGAGAACCAAUUUCACAGGGGUGAGAGAGUUUGUUUUCCAAGGUUUCUCCAAUUACCAAGAAUUCCACCUCACACUCUUUGUUGUCUUCUUUGCCCUGUACCUCCUGACUCUGGCUGGCAAUGUCAUCAUCGUGACCAUUAUCCGUAUUGACCAGCACCUUCACACCCCCAUGUAUUUCUUCUUAAGUGUUCUCUCCACUUCAGAGACAUUCUAUUCCCUGGUCAUCAUCCCGCGAAUGCUUGGUAGCCUUGUGGGUCUGAGCCAAACCAUCUCGCUAGAGUGCUGUGGGACACAGCUCUUCUUUUUCCUUGGAUUUGCAAUCACAAACUGCCUCCUGCUAGCAGUCAUGGGUUAUGAUCGCUAUGUGGCCAUCUGCAACCCACUUCGCUAUACCAUCAUCAUGAAUUGGAGGGUGUGUGUCAUUCUGGCAUCUUCAGUCUGUGCCACAGGGUUCCUUUUCUCACUAGUUCAGGCUGUGUCCAUUUUCAGGCUGCCCUUUUGCAACUCACUGAUUGAACAUUUCUUCUGUGAUGUCCGACCUGUUUUAGAUCUGGCCUGUGAAGUGCCAGUCGUCAAUGAUAUCUUGACAUUAGUUCUCAGCCUUCUGGCCAUCACAGCACCCGCCACUUUCCUAUUUGUCUCCUAUGUCCUCAUUAUUUCCACCAUUCUCAAGAUAGCCUCAGCUGAGGGCCGGAAGAAAACUUUUGCCACCUGUGCUUCCCACCUCACUGUGGUUGUGAUCCACUAUGGUUGUGCCUCUAUUGCCUACUUCAAGCCCAAGUCAGAGAAUACCAAGGACCAGGACCAGCUGAUCUCAGUGACUUACACUGUUAUAACACCUCUACUAAAUCCCGUUGUGUAUAGUCUGAGAAACAAAGAAGUUCAGGAUGCCCUUCGGAAAGUGAUGGGUAGGAAAUCCCUAUCAUAGUUGCUAAUUUAUGUCCAAAUAAUUUCAUCUUUUUUCAUAUGGAACCCGACAGGUAAAGUUAUGAAGCCUAGGUUUCAUGUGAUUAGAAGUCUCAUACAUCAUAGCCAGGGCCAGGGAGAGGGCAAAAGUGGAGCUGGGAGCCAGCCUCUAAUAAUUGCAUUCCAUUUCCUCAACCUCUUUGUUAACAUAAUAAAAACACAGGUCACUUUCAAGACCUGUGCACAGACAGCCAUUGGCCCUACUCCAGAAGAUAAUUGCAAGGUCAGAGUAUGAUCUUAUGUUCAUUUUGAGCUUAAAUUUAAAGGAACCAAUCUAUUUCUUGUUGAAUUAUAAACCACACAUUAAACAUUACUCAAUGGAAUAUUCUGUUAGUAUAAAUUAGAUGCUCAAGCAAGUGGAGAGCACACGAAGGAUAUGUACAGACAUCUAACUGCCUUGUGUUUUAAUAAGAUAAGAAAUGCAAAACUAAAGACAUAUUUUAAGAAAUGGAUUUGGGACAAGCUAAAACUUCCUAGACAAACUAUCUUCACGAAGUCACACAUGGAACUCCAAAUGAACUCCACUUUUCCUAUCUGCUACUAGUAUAACUCCCAAUGAAAGGGAACUAAGAAAAUGUCAUGAAGAGGGAAGGAGACAUUAAAUGGAAAAGUUUAUAAUCAGUUAGGACAGCCACAGGAGUCUGGCCAUAUCAUCUGAAUGCAAGUGACUUGGUCUGUUCAUUGCUCUUAUUAUUGAGAAGCCAGAUGGAGGAGAGGGCUUUCUGGGGCUGAUAAUAAAAUCAUCCUUCAUAGAAAAGAAUCUUUUUUAAGUCUCAGGAAGGAAGAGGAGGUUCUUGAGGGAGAAGAUUGCUGAGAAGUCUGUGAAAUUGGUGAAGCAGGAAAAGUUAGGAAGAAAUUGUCUGAGAACUUCCUGAAAGUUGAAUGGAAGUGUGAGAUGACAGGGUGAGGAGGGCUAAGAGGAACAGAAGGACUUUAGAAAACAUCCUUCUGAUUGAGCCUCCUUCUUCCCCUUGUAAGCCAAGUCACCGAGGCAAGGGAAGGGAACUAGGUGGAAAUUUAAGCCAUGAUAACUCCUGUGUGAAAUAAAUUAGAUGAUUCCAUUACUGAGGAAAAACUGAGAAAAAACUGAGAAAUGUAAAUAGUAUGGAAUUAUGAUAAGAAGCCUUCCAAAAAUUCAAUUAUCUGAGCUUGAAAUGAAAUAACAACAGACUGCUUACUCUUCCUAUCCUCAAAAAAUGAAAAAAAGAGAGAAUAGGGGUAAAUUUUAGAUUCUGUUUUCGAGAAAAAAAUGAGUGAAUGUAUACAACUUACUAAUUUGAAGGAAUAAUUAUUGAGAAAAUUCAAGUAUUUUAUUAUACUGAAAAGUUAGCUUCAAUAUCCAAAAGAAUACUUGAGUACACAUUAUUCUCCUUGUAAAAUGUUGUCAAAUUACAGAAAUACCUAAUGAAGUAUGCAAAGUGAUGGUGCAUGCAAUAUAUUAUGUAUCAGGUAAAUAAUAUAAGAAGUUCCCUUUUCCAUCUGCAUUGUCAUUCAGAACUCCUAAUUCUCCUAGAUUUUUUAUGUAAACCCAGUCAGUCAAA